UCUAGAAGUAGAUUGCUUGUUUACCAUCAACACCACAAUCCAUCAUCAUCAACAUCCCAAAAAUGCCAUCGAUCUUUGAAACCUCCGUAUUUCCCAUUAUAUUGUGUCUAAUACUAUCUCUCAUCCUCGGCGCCAUCUCCUGGUCACGCACCCUAUCCUCCUUCCUCCCCACCCCCCAAUGGCUCCCAGGCGCAACCACCCUCCUCUCAGCCCUCACCCUCCUCGCAGUGAGCCUGCUAGGAUUCAAGCCUGAAGGAACCCGAACCAACCCCUAUCGCCAAAAGCUCGCCACCCUCCUCGAGCAACUCUACACAAUCCUCGUAACCAUUCUCUUCACCGCCACCCUGACAAUACUCUUUCCAGACAGCCUCCUCAUCUGCCGCCUAGAAUCCUACUGGCAAAGCCACUUCCAAGCGAAAGACGCUCACACGAUCCGCUCCAUCCAAGACCGCUUCCAGUGCUGCGGCCUGCACAGCACGCGCGACCGCGCCUGGCCGUUCAAAAACCGUGACCAUGGCGACGACGCGUGCGAGGCUCAGUUCGGUUAUGGGCGGAGCUGUCUGGUGCCGUGGAGGGAACAGACGGUGUCGACUUCGUGGACGAUGUUUGCUGCUGUUGCUUUGAUCUUGGUUGUUAAGGUCGGCAUCACUUGCUUUGGCUUCCGUCGACGCGCGAAUGCUAGCUGGAUGCGUGAUGUGUUCUCGGAACGUGCGAAUGGUGAUUAUCAGAGACCGGCGCGCGCGGAGAUCUUGAAUGGGGAGGAGGAGGCGGAGGAGAACCAUGACCAGGAGGCGGAGCCGAGGAGAGUCAUGCUGCCUCAUGCGGAGUCGGCUCCUGCCAAUGAGUGGAACCAGUAGAUGGUUUCUAUGCUUGGUUGCUGUAUGAACUAUUGGUGGUUAUCAUUUGGUACACUGGUUGAGGUUCUAUACUUGAUGGUUAGAAACGUAGUGGUAAGGACUGGCUGGUUUGUCUUAUGGAAUAGUUCGUAGGAAAUAAACGCAUGUUAUGACUGGGACAGUAUAGUUCUGAGUCUCUU